CGUCUACCACCAACAGAAAGCAAAAGAAGCUAACUGGGAAGACCAUGACCCAGACCCUCAAGCUCGCCUCCAGAGUGUUCCAUCGCAUCCACUGUGCUCCCAAGCUAGGUGCCUCACUGGGCUCCAGAGGCUCCGACUCAGCGCCCCGGAGCUUGGCGGACAUCCCAGGCCCCUCCACGCCAGGCUUCCUUGCUGAACUUUUCUGCAAGGGGGGUCUGUCACGGCUACACGAGCUGCAGGUGCAGGGCGUUUCGCGCUUCGGGCCUGUGUGGUUGGCCAGCUUCGGGAGGGUGCGCACUGUGUACCUGGCGGCCCCUACACUCGUCGAGCAGCUCUUGCGACAGGAGGGGCCCCGGCCCGAGCGCUGCAGCUUCUCACCCUGGGCAGAGCACCGUCGCCACCGCCAGCAGGCUUGCGGGCUGCUCACCGCGGAAGGAGAAGAAUGGCAGAGGCUCCGCAGCCUCCUGGCCCCGCUGCUCCUCCCGCCUCAAGCGGCCGCCCGCUAUGCCGGGACCCUGGACGACGUGGUCCAUGACCUUGUGCGGCGACUGCGGCACCAACGGGGACGUGGGGCUGGGCCGCCCACCCUGGUUCGGGACGUGGCAGGAGAGUUUUACAAGUUUGGACUAGAAGGCAUAGCCGCGGUGCUUCUGGGUUCCCGCCUGGGCUGCCUGGAGGCCGAAGUGCCCCCAGACACAGAGACCUUCAUCCGCGCGGUGGGAUCGGUGUUUGUGUCCACGCUGUUGACGAUGGCGAUGCCCGGCUGGCUUCACCGCCUGGUGCCCGGACCCUGGGGCCGCCUCUGCCGAGACUGGGACCAGAUGUUUGCCUUUGCCCAGCAGCACGUGGAGAGGCGAGAGGCUGAGGUAGCCUUGAGGAGCAAGGGAAAGCCUGAGGAGGACAUGGGAUCUGGGGCACACCUGACCUACUUCCUGUUCCGGGAAGAGUUGCCUGCUCCGUCCAUCCUGGGCAAUGUGACGGAGCUGCUACUGGCUGGAGUGGACACAGUAUCCAACACACUCUCCUGGGCUCUGUAUGAACUCUCUCGGCACCCCGAAGUCCAGAAGGCACUCCACUCUGAGAUCACAGCUGCCCUGGGCCCUGGCUCCAAUGCCCACCCCUCAGCUGCUGCUCUAUCCCAGCUGCCCCUGCUGAAGGCAGUGGUCAAGGAAGUGCUAAGACUGUACCCUGUGGUACCUGGAAAUUCCCGUGUCCCAGACAAAGACGUUCGUGUGGGUGACUAUGUUAUCCCCAAAAACACGCUGGUCACACUGUGUCAUUAUGCCACUUCAAGGGACCCUGCCCAGUUCCCAGAGCCAAAUUCUUUUCGUCCAGCUCGAUGGCUGGGGGAAGGUCCAGCCCCCCACCCAUUUGCAUCUCUUCCCUUUGGCUUCGGCAAGCGCAGCUGCAUGGGGAGACGCCUGGCAGAGCUUGAGCUGCAGAUGGCUUUGGCUCAGAUCUUGACCCACUUUGAGGUGAAGCCUGAGCCAGGUGCUGCCCCAAUCCGACCCAUGACCCGGACUGUCCUGGUACCCGAGAGGAGCAUCAACCUACAGUUUGUGGACAGAUAGUCCCAUGGAAGGAGGCUAUCAUCAUCACCCUUUCUCUCAUUGUAGGGAUUUAUUAGGCACAAGACCAAGAGAUAUG